AUGGCGCUCAAGAAACGCAAGAGCAACGGCAGCCUGCAACAGGCAGUCAAGCAAGCUACAGGUGUCUCAGAUACUGAAGAGCUCAGCUCAUCAGCGGCAGUAUCGAAGGCGCAGGCGAAACCAGCACAGAGCAAUGCCGUUCAGAGAACUGUCUGGACGCUCAUUAUGAUUGCUGGGUUCUUCGGCUUGCUCGCUGCGGGCCAUCUCUGGAUCAUCUUGUUCCUGACUGUUGUGCAGGUCAUGAUCUUCAACGAGAUCCUCGCCAUUGCCUCCGUCCCAGCCAGGGAAAACUCGAUACCGUGGUUCAAGGCCAUCAACUGGUACUUCCUCGCGACGACGCUCUACUUUGCGUAUGGCGAGACACUCAUCUACUACUUCAAACACAUUGUGCUUGUUGAUGCGCUACUCCUGCCCUUUGCAACGCACCAUCGCUUCAUCUCCUUCUUGCUCUACAUCUUUGGUUUUGUAUGGUUCGUUGCGAGCCUGCAAAAGGGACAGUACCGCUUCCAGUUCAGCCAAUUCAGCUUCACUCACAUGACGCUGAUUUUGGUUGUUGGACAAGCGCACUUCAUCAUCAACAACUUGCUCGAGGGCAUGUACUGGUUCUUCAUUCCUGCAACGCUCGUCAUCUCCAACGACAUCUUUGCCUACAUUUGCGGCAAGCUCUUUGGUCGACACAAGCUGCUCGAGCUCUCACCAAAAAAGACGGUGGAGGGAUUCGUAGGCGCUUGGGGUUGCACGAUUGUCAUCGGCCUUAUCUUUUCCAACUUGCUGAUGCACUCCGACUACUUCAUCUGCCCUGCAAAAGAUCUCGGCGCCAACAUCUUCUCUGGCUUGUCGUGCGAGCCUAAUCCAGUCUUUUUGACGCGCACAUUCGACUUGCCACCGCAACUGCUCAAUUUGCACCCUCUGCUCUCCUUCAUCCCUAAGCAAAUCAGCAUUGCGCCUGUUCAGCUACAUCUCAUGGUGCUGAGUACAUUUUCAUCGCUGAUUGCGCCCUUUGGUGGAUUCUUCGCCUCUGGACUCAAACGUGCCUUCAAGAUCAAGGACUUUGGCGACAGUAUCCCUGGCCACGGAGGUAUGACGGAUCGCAUGGACUGCCAGAUUCUCAAUGGAUUUUUUGUCUACCUCUAUUACCAGUCCUUUAUUGCCGUCAAGCACGAGACGGUAGGUGGUCUGCUGGGUCAUGCCAUCAUGGGACUGACGGACGGGCAGAUUGUCGAUCUGGUACAUGGCUUGACACAUCACCUACGCAAUCGAGGCGUCGCUGUCUGA